AUGUCGUCAGAGCACCCCAUCAUCCUAUACCGAUACAAAUUCUCCCCCUAUGCGAAGAGGAUCGAGUGGUAUCUGCAACUUCGUGGCAUACCAUACAAGCAGACAGAACAACCGAAUAUGAUGCCACGUCCGGACGUCGCAGCACUCGGAAUCAAAUAUCGCCGGAUUCCCAUCCUCGCCAUUGGCCGAGACGUGUACCUCGACACCCGCCUCAUCCUCCAGAAACUCGAGACCCUCCCCGCCCCCGCGCCAAAGCUCGGGGCCGCAGCCGGCGACCACCGCGCCAUCGAGCGCCUGCUCGAAGCCCUCAUGGUCGACGCAGGCCCGUUCCUUUGGGCGGCGACGCUCAUCCCGCCACAGAUGCCCCUGUUCAAAGACAAGGCCUGGCUCAAGGACCGGUCGGACUUUGUGGGUGGUAGAAACUUCGGCGCCGCGCCGGCAGAGGCCAGGGCAGAAGCCGUCGCCAAUUUGCGCGGGGUGUUUGAGCUGUUGGAGACGGCGCUGCUCGUGGACGGGCGGGAGUGGCUGUUGAAGACGGACGGGCCGAGCCUGGCGGACAUCGAGGCUGUCUGGCCGUUGCACUGGCUUUGGGGGAUGCGUGUCGCGCUGCCGCCGGACCAGCUGUCCGAGAGGCAGUUCCCCAGGGUGUUUGCAUGGAUCGAGAGGUUUGACAAGGCCGUCUCUGCAGCUGCGGCGAGGCUGGGAAAGGUCCCUACCAUUGCAGGCGCCGAGGCCACGCAGGCUAUCUUGAGCUCUCCAUUUCUCGACGAGGACGGACAGGUCCAAGGAGGGGACCCUAUCGUCCAGGCAUUAGGUCUUUCCAAGGGUGACCGCGUUGUGGUGUUCCCGACAGACAGCGGCAUGACACACAAAGACUCGGGGGUCCUGAUUGGUUUGGACGAGAAGGAGGUGGUUUUCGAGACUAGGGCUGAGGUACAAGGCUCACCUGCCAUCAGGGUUCAUGCACCCAGACAUGGCUUCAGGAUUGCGAAAGAGGGCCAGGCUGCUCGCCUGUGA